CAGUCGUUCGCGUAGAGUCGGAUGGGUCGUUUCACGCUUCCUUGAUGCGACAUAUUCGCGCGCUCGUGCCUCUCCUUUUUUUGCCCUUAUUUCGUCCAUAAUACUAUUUUCUCUCUCUCUCUCUCUCUCUCUCUCUAUAUAUAUAUAUAUUUCUUUCUUUCUUUCUCCCUCCGUCUUACGCGUCGCUCAUUUUAUUGGCUCCGUUAACCCUCUUUUUUUCGUGCUGACUAUACGUCAUCGAGAAAUAAGAAGAGGAAGAAGGUGUUUUCCAGGAGGAGGAGCGGCUCGGGGGCACCGCAGCGACCGUGCCUUUCCGAAUCUCGCUGCGGUGAUACCUCCCUCCUGGAUUUUCAUCGUGCUUAAUAAUGAGGGACAUGGCGGGCAAGAUCGCCGAGUUGAAGUUCGAGGCACCCCUUGCGCGCUUCGAGGAGGAGGAAACGGCCAGUUUAAAGAAUAUGAAUCUUUUGACAGAACAACUUUUGGAUGCCAGUUUAGAUACGAGUUUCGGUGAAAAUUGUAACGCAAACGAGGGACCGACCAAUCACGACAACAGUACGGACAUCUUACAGGAAGGUACCUUCAGCCCUUUCAGUGGUAGUCUCGAAGACCUGGUUAACACGUUUGACGAGAAGAUAACUUCGUGCUUUCGUGAUUAUGGCACCGAUGUUGAAUCCUUGGCACCGGUGCAAGUUAGAACGCAAGAGGAGAUUAUGAACGAGUGCCAGAUGUGGUGGACUAUCACCGGUACUUUCGGCAAUAUUUUACCGAUCGACUGGAGCAAAUCUUAUGCAAGAAAAAUGCACAUGCCAGCAUUGAAUCUUAACGAGGCACCGAUUUCAUUGGAAAGACCGGAAUUAGAAGAUUUAAGUAGCGAAGACGAAGCUGUAGCAACGGAUUUGGAUAUGCACGCUUUGAUUUUAUCUAGCAGUACCGAUACUCAUAGCCCAGAGGAACCUUUGAAAACAGCUGAAGAGGUACUUCGUGAGAUAGAUGACAUUAUGCAGGAGAGUCCGUCUAUGGAAAGAUCACCUGAUUCCGAUGGUUCCUUGCUUGAUAGCGACGAGGCAUUGGAAAGGAGUAGAGAGGUUCUUGGCUCGCCAUUACAUGAGAAAAAAUUGAAACAAUUGACUUCGAAUCAACUUACCGAACUACUCGGAGAAAUGGAAUCACUUGUUGGAGCAUUGAGCGAGACUCUCAUAGCUGAACUCGCAUUACGAGAUGAGCUAGAAUACGAAAAGGAAUUGAAGAAUCAGUUCAUCUCACUUUUGUUGGCAGUACAAAAUCGACGAAGGCAACAUCAUGUUACGAAAAAGAAAAACCAAAUGCAGAAUGGUACUAGUCCGUUACCGCAACAUAGGUCGUUGCAAGAAUCGAAAUACUUGACCACUGUCAUUCCAUAUCACACGGACAGCGGACCACCAGAUAAUCAGGCUCUGCAAGUUCUUAUUAAAAUAUUGAAAGCAAUUAGCGAAGAUAGUCCAACUGUACCAACUUUGCUAACGGAUUAUAUUCUCAAAGUUCUCUGUCCUACUUAGUGAGUGUACAGUCGAUUUCCUUCGGAGAUACUCAAAAGUCCAAAACAAUGAUUGCUCUCUUCUUCUUGCCAAUGCUCUGCAACCAUCAUCGUACCGCGUGCGUUGUAUUUGAAACAACCGUUCUUGCUUCUGAGUUGUACUUUAAUAUUACACUCGAUGUGUAUUGGCUGUAGGAUUAGAAGUGGUAACCUGAUAUUCUCAUCUAGUCUUAAUUUAUAUACAUACAUAUAUAUAUAUAUAUAUAUAUAUAUAUAUACAUAUAUAUAUAUAUAUUUAUAUAUUUAUAUAUAAGGGGUGAUCUACGGGAAUGUUCGUGAUUUUAAAUGAUACUCCGAAUACUUCUGGACAUAAAAGAAAUAUUUAUUAUAGCUUUAAUAAAUCUAUAGAUCUUGAAGAAUUAUAGCACAUAACAAUAUCUUAUUUUAAAUGUCUCGUACGAAAGAAAACGUUCGUCGAAUGUUAACCAUUCGGUUGAUGACUUUCUAAUGUGUUCAGCGCGGUUGAACACGUUAGAAAUUGAUUGAUUACAAUAUACAAUACUUUCUAACUGUCCCCAUAGAAAAAUCUUUUUCCAGGUUGCAUUAUCUCUAGAUUUGUCGAUGUUACAUAUCUGGCCAAGUCUCUGAAUUUGACAAUUCCAGAUCUUUUUAUGAGGACAUUUAAAGAGCUGUGCAUCGCAAUCGACUAGCCAAUUUGAAAAUAAUGUUCACCAAGUCGUUAGUUAACAUAUAUCGUCGAGCAAUAUCUAAUGUGUUCAUCUACACUCAGGAGUAUCUCUAGCAGAAUGGUAUACAUUUGUUGGACAUUCCUUUUCGUAUGAGGCAUUUAAAAUGAACUAUUGUCAUAUGUUACAAUUCUAAAAAAUUUGUAGAUUUAUUUAAACUAUAAUAAAUAUUCCUCUUAUGUUUAGGAGUGUAUUCAAUAUUAUUUAAAGUCUAGUAGGUUUUCUUUGACCCACCCUUUAUGUAUUUAUAUUUAUAUGUAUAAAUAAAUAAAUAAAUAAAUAUAUAUAUAUACAUAUAUAUAUAUAUAUACGUUUAAUCUGUAUAUUGUUUCCCAUAAGAUUUAUCACAAGUGUACAUGUUUUAUGGAACUACUGUGAUGCAUAUUUACGCAUAAUUCAAAGUAUAUUCAUUUAUAUACAUACAUAUAUAUAUAUAUAUAUAUAUAUAUAUAUAUAUAUAUAUAUAUGAUAUCAUAUGAGAUUUGUAUUGGUUCAGUUUUUGUAAUCUUUUGUAUAUAUAAAAAGAAACGAAACGAUAUUAUAUCCGGAUCGGAAUUUAUGACAGUAGUUAAAAAGAUUUAAAAAUAUAAACUACUUAAGUUGAACAAAUGCAAGCAAAAGCUAUUUCUAGGAUUAGUUUCUACUCAAAAUUGCACAUACGUUUCUUAAGCCUAGUGUGUAAAUUGUUGUAACGCCAGUAUGUUUAGAAAUAAUCGAUCGAUUAAGAAUGUUACGCGCAAGAAAAAAAGAAAUAAAUAAAUAAAAGAAAUCGCAAUGCUAAUAAUAAA